AUGGAUGGAAACGAGAAUCCAUCGUGUCGUAUUUGUCACGAAUCUAAUAGUACAACUGAUCUCGUCUCUCCAUGUUUUUGUCGCGGCACUAUGAGUAUAGUCCAUCUUUCGUGUCUCGAGAAAUGGCUAAUGUCUUCAUUAAAAAAUUCGUGUGAGGUGUGCGGUUAUGAAUACGAUGUUGUGCGAAAAACAAAACCAUUUACAGAAUUCCUGAAAAAUCCCGGAACGAAGAAAGCCAAAGAGAAUUUUUUUGCUGAUAUAUUCUGCCUUUUGGGUCUUGUUACGUUUACAGCCGCAACAUUUAUCUUAAGCUUCGAAAAACCUAAUUUCAUGGUACCCGGGUUAAUAUUCGUUACAUUUUUUAUAAGUAUUACUUACGCUAUUGGUAUUGAAGCAUUUAAUUAUCAUUAUUUUGUCUGGGAAUCUUGGAAACGAAAGAACCAGACUGUUAAAAUAAUCAACGUAACUUGA